AUGGGGAGCACAAAUGUCGAAUCCUACUUUGUCUUCAUGAGUUAUGAUCCUGAAUACGAGAGACUUCGAGCUGAUCGAACCAAGAGAGGAGCACACGAACUUGAUUUGUACCUUAGUAGAAAGCAUGAUGAGCUCUUAGCAAGUACUCUAGAGCCAGGAAGCUACAAGAAGACAUCUUCUUUGGUCAUUGUUGAUGGUUUUGCAGUGGAAAUUACCCGGGAUCAGGCCAAUGUGCUCAGAUCUGCAAAAGGAGUGAGGGUUGUGGAGAAAAAUGAAGUGCCAGUCUAG